ACUUUGGACCACGUGUUAGGUAGGUAGGACCCAAAAUAGGACCCUGUAAUUGUUCAGAGCUACUGGACUCAUUCGUGAUUGUACGUCUUUAACCUUUUUGAUUAUAUAAGCCGUCGAUCAUUUGCCUGCCAUCGACUUCCCACGACGCCGUAUUCGCCGCCUGCGCUGCCACUCUCUUCUUUUCUCUUCAGUUUUCACUGCCCCUUUCACUGGAUCUCAGAUCCAUAUCUUUUUAUAAAGAUGGCGUCGGUGGCUCGUCUUCGUUAUUCCGUCGCCUGUUCAGCUGGACAUAUCGGAAACCCUAAUGUUUCUGACAAUCGACAGAUCGCGGCUCUGCUUUACAAACUUCCCAAUAUUUCCGUCCCAUUUCCUCAAAAUCACUCCCUCCGCUUAUUUUCCGAUCAUAAAGUUCCCACUUCCAUACUGAAGCCGCUGGCAUCUACCGGUGGCGGCGGUAACGGGAGAGGUGGCGAAGGAGGCGGUGGUGGCGGUGGCGGCGGAAAUAACGGAGAUGGGGAUUUUGAGAGUCGGGGAGAUUUCGGUCUUUUGGGGAUCUUAUCAAACGGUUGGAGAUUGAGAGUUGCAGCUGACUCUCAAUUCCCUUUUAAGGUUUUGAUGGAACAGUUGGUUGGUGUUACGGCUUGUGUGAUUGGUGACAUGGCGUCCCGUCCAAAUUUCGGACUCAAUGAGUUGGAUUUUGUGUUUUCAACUCUUAUUGUUGGGUCAAUCUUGAAUUUUACUCUUAUGUAUGUGUUGGCUCCAACAAUGUCUUCAACUGUCAAGACUUUGCCUGGGAUCUUUGCGAGUUGCCCAACUAGUCACAUGUUUGAGCCUGGCUCUUAUGGGUUUGUCAAUAGAUUGGGGACAUAUGUGUUCAAAGGGGUUGUGUUUGCUGCUGUUGGUUUUGCUGCUGGGCUUGUGGGCACUGCGAUUUCAAAUGGGUUGAUCAAGUUGAGGAAGAAGAUGGAUCCUACUUUUGAAACUCCAAACAAGCCUCCACCCACUGUUUUGAAUGCCCUUACAUGGGCAUUGCAGAUGGGUGUGAACAGUAAUUUCAGAUACCAGACGCUGAAUGGGAUAGAGUUUUUGCUAGCCAAGACUGUUCCUGAUGUUGUUUUCAAGGCCUCAGUUGUGGUUCUCCGAUGCUUGAAUAAUGUUAUUGGAGGAAUGACGUUUGUUAUCUUGGCCAGAAUGACUGGUUCACAAAGUCUUAAUAAUGAAGAGAAAACAGUGGCAGGGUUGGUAGAGAAGCAAAAGUUGGUGGUGAGUGAGAAUGAAGAAGACUUGCCAAGCAACCAGUCGACUUGAUAGUGAUGACUGAUUAGCUAAUGUUGUGUUUUUACAAGUCAUUUCAUGGCUGUUCCUAACUUGGACAUGUAAUAAAUAGAGUUGCAAUAAAAUCCAAGAUGACAGCCUAGUUGUUUAGUUUGGUCUUACAGUUGUUCUAAGUUUGUUUUAAGGUUAACACGAACUCAAAGCAACCAAGGUGCUCUGGUUGGUUUCCA